AUGGAAAAGCAGAAGAACAUUAAUCCUCUGUUGUGCUUUCUGUGCAACGAGAAAUUCAAGCGGCCCAAGAUACUGGAUUGCCUUCAUAGCUACUGCGAGAAAUGUAUCAAAGAAAUGCAAAAGUCCAACAAACAAAGGACGGAUAACAUCCGCUGUCCGAAUUGCCGACAGAUAACGCCGGUCGGAGUUGGCGGUGCAAAGGCGAACAUUUUCCUGGCUCGGCUGGUGGAGGAUGCCGCCGUUUCCGAGAUCGUGAUGAUGAGGAGCAAGUCUGCUGCGACCGCCCAAGUUUCUUGCAACGUGUGCAAGAAGCACGAGGCAGUAUGCCGGUGCUCCGAGUGCGCCGUAUUUCUCUGCGCCAUUUGUCGGGCGUUCCACGGCCGCCUGCCGGCAUCGAACGGGCACGAUGUAUACACCCUGGAGGAGUGCCGGGCCGGUAAAGCAGGCGGUGUGACCGGCCGGUCCGACGCCCCGGAGUGCCCCGACCACACCGGGGAAAGAUGCCGGUUCUACUGCUUGACCUGCCGGAAGCUGAUCUGCCGUGACUGCACCCUGUUGGAUCGCUCCUCCAGCGAGCCCCACGAGUACACCAGCUUGGCCGCCGCGGCCCCCUUGGAAAGGCAUGCCGCCGACGCCCUACUGUCUCGCCUGGAGAAUAAAGUGCCGGACUUGGAAACCUCUCUUCAGGUUCUUGAGGAAAUGGGCCCGGCGCUGAAAAAACGCAGCGAUACGGCCAAGGCAAAGGUGCAGGCGGUGGCCAAUAAAAUCAGGGAGAGCUUGGCGGAGGAAGAGAAACGCCUGCUCAAAGAGAUUCGUUUGGAAAGCCAGAAACAACUGAAAGCUUUGAAGGAGAACCAGAACGAAGUAUCUGCCACACUCAACAACGCCCGUUCGUCCCUUAAAUCCACAAGGCUUUUUGUCCAGAGGUCCACGGAUACUGAGCUUCUCUGGCUUCACCCGACUCUCGUGAAGCAUCUCCAGGGUCUCGUCCUUAAAGAUGCGCCCGGCGAACCCUUGGCUUUGUCAUUCACAGAGAGUGAUGAUGAUGUGUCCCUGGGAGUAUUAACUAAGGAGAAUAUCACCGAGGCAGUAAAGGCAGAUGUGGAGAAAACCAAAGGAAAAGAAAAGCCUACUUCCAGGAGGGUUACUGAGAAAGCUUCCACCUCACGUCCCAAAGAGCACAAAGUAUCAUCCAAUAAAGAAAAUCCACCUCCCGAAUCCGAGGAUUGUAGCAAUUCUGAAGAUGGCAGCAAUUCUGAAGAUGGUAGUGAUCCUGAAGAGGGGAUGAUGGGUUCAUCCUCUUUGUCCGUGUCAAACAAGCCAAGCACCUUGACCAAGCAGCCAAUACCCACUGGCCGUGACACACCUGCAGAUAGGAAAGAGCUUGGCAGACAGCCAGUAGGCACAUCAGCUCCGAAGAAGAUGCCUGCUUCUGAGCCAGCUCGAAAGCCCAAAGAUGCUGUGCCACCCUCAGACAGGAUUCUAAGGUCCUCUUCGAAAGCCAACGCAACUCAAAAUCAGGCGUCUUCAAGACCAGCCAAUCGCCAGCAAGCCGGGAUCAGUGUGGCCCCAGAGCUGGGCCAGUUGGCUGAGGAUGCAGUAGACAGUCCUGAUUAUGGACAGGCUGCAUCAAGGUCAGCGUUACAUAGGCCAGUUAGAGAUGGCAUCAAUCCUAGCUUGAUACAUGCAGCGGGAUCGGCCAAAAACCCAUCCCCAAUGACUCAGCCUUGGCAGAUUCCGACAAGACUGAGUCACCAAGAGCUUGACUUCAAUUGCAAUCCCAACUUUGCUGCAGCUGCUGGAUUAUUUGCCUCAGUGCAGCAAGCAAAAGAUGAGGAGCCCACACAUCCUGGUGGGGAUAGGGCACAGGAUGCCACUGUUCAUGCCGUCCAAACACAUCAGGACUAUCCUCUCAUCACGUCACCUAACAUUCAGCGUGGGGACAUCCAACAUUUUGCCAACAAGUAUGAUACAGAUAGUGAUGAUUCAGAUCUGUAGCCAGGGCAACAAGCACAAUAUGUUCCUUUGUUCAGUGAUGAGUAAUCAACUUGAAUGCAUUUAGGAACGAAAGGAACAAUCUCUUCCAAAUAAAGGAAAUGGACCAACUAUUGAUUGCAUUAAAGUGAAACAAAAUUGGGUCGGAUGGUUUAUGACUUUAUCCUUCAAACAUAAGAUGUACUCAUUCAGUAAUUAUAUGUUUUGCUUGUAAAAUGUUACUGAGGUUAAUUGUGUGUGGGAAAGAUAUGCUUUGUUACAACAGUUUUAUGUGAUGUAGUUGCCUAUAUGUAUAUGGUGUGAGGCAAGAUGUAAUACCCUUCCAGUGUUCUUAAUUAUACUUUGAAUGGAUUUGUGGAUAUUGUGUUCUGAAGCAACGUACUCUAAGAUUUGUGCCGCAGCCCUAAAUGUCUUAAGAGUAGAUUUGAUUAGUCUUUUUUUUAGCGUUUUUGGCCAGGUUGAAUGUAGGAUUGUAUAAAUGCUUUCAUGUAGUAUAUUUUGCAGUUAUGUUCCAAAUGUUUGAAGUGUGUGUUUCGACUAUUUUGUGUGUGUGAAGAUAUUUGAACUUUGAAAUCUUGCAAUUAAUACCACUAACGUUUUAAGAAACAGGUAACUAAAAUGGAGCAGUACAUUUUUUCAUUUUUGGAUCAGUGAUUUUGAAUAAUUACGUGUUCAUAACAGACUUCACUUAUUGUUAUCCUUUAUAUUAAAAAGUCUUAUAUUUGUAUACCUUUAUUCAACGUUCAGAAAUGUGACUUGUAAAAUUGAAUACUUUGUUUAAAGUAAAAGAAAAAAAAUAGAUUUUUUUUUAAAUAAUAGCUUCAUACCAGUGCAUUGUAAUUCUAGCAAUAUAUUUAGAGAAAAAUCCUGUCGUUUUAAAAAAUUGGUUUCUAGAGACAAGUUGAAACAACAGGUCCAUGUUGUGGAUCCUUGCCACCUUUGGAAGUCUGCAAUAGUCUGCCUGCCAAAAUACUAUAGAAAUAAUGGCAGUCUGAAUAUUGUAUGAUACUCUCCUUGCACCAAAAGUCAUUUCUGCAU